UGUCGCCGUGAACUCAUCACGCUGUGCCGUUCCUGAGGCUGGCGGCGGCUCGUGAAACACUGACAGUGCUCAGCGCGUCGUCCAUUGAGCAGCGAUCACCGUCUUCUUCCCACUCUUGACGUCCCCCAAACCGUGUGAAGUGCUGCAUAGCGUGGCGAGCCCGCUCCGAUACCGGCAGAUCGUCGCCCUUUUUGAAGAUCAUCGCAGAGGUCGUCACACAGACCUCCUUGCGAUCGUCCAUCGACACACCGUACAUGUCUCUGUGUCGCCGAUCGAUGGUGUCGUCCUGCUCGAGGUUCUCUUCGAAGAGGUCCGACUCCUCCGCAAACUCCAACCACAGCCUGGGCACCUCUGCAUAUGAGGCGGCAUCCCCACUAGAUACCCGCGGCUCUGGCAGCUUGAUCACGCACUUGGGGUCGACCCACACCUCGUCCUCAGCAUACCGAUAGCAAUUCCUCUGCAGAAACUCCAUCAACAGCGUUAUCUUGCUCCCGUCAACACCCAGCAUCUGCCGGGCGUGUUUUUUAAUGAAUUUAAAGUCCGCUUUCUCGUUCUGGCAUAUGUAGACAAUACGUAUGUAGCGACUCAUCUGAUCAACGUCGCGAGGCAGGAUUGCCUGGAUCUCAUAGUGCAGCCGGUCGACGUCUUGCGGGACGACAAACACAGUCCCAAACACAGCCAACUGGCGGUCUGCAUCCGAGACGACGCCACUACCGUCCCCCGCAGGGUACAGCUUGUAGAUGCAGUGAAAGGGGAUAGCCUUCGACACCAGCAGCAGCUCACCCUCGGUCCGCUCGCUCACGAUCUUGACCUUUUUGCAGUCCAUCGGGCCGCGCCACAGACCGUUAGCCAAACUGAGCCGAGGGCAUGUCUUCACUCUCGGCCGCGUCAAGUGGCACAUGCAUUCGAUGCAGAUGGUGACCGUCUUGUCUUCCCAUCGGAUGGCGGCCACUUGCAGUGGCGCCCCGUCAAACUUGGCCAUUACCGGGUGAUCGGGAUACCACUCGGAGUAGCUGAGCGCCCUCACACAUAGCGCGUCUCGGGGAUUCGCCGGAUCAGGGCGGUCCUCGUCGCGGAACUGCAGGAGGUGCGUAAAGUUGGCGAGCGCUUGCAGGUCGAUGCGCCUGACUUUGUCGGAAGAAAUCUCGUUCAGCGUAUCCAGUAUGAACUGGGCUCGGUCACGACGUUCCUUCUCACGCUGAGCAGCCAUAGUGUCUUCCAGCCUGAGACGCUUAUAUCGCUGCCACUGCUGCUCAGCCUCGUCUAUGCACCGGCGCAAAUCCGAUUCGCCCAAGCAUUUGCCCCCUUCACUGAAGGUGCAGCGGAAGGCGCGACUGCACACCACACACGGGUGCUUGACGUGACGGUAGUGGGCGGUGACUUCAGCGUACUGGUUGACACAUCUACACAGCACCACACAGAGAGCGACACAACCUGUUUCCCACCAUGCCAGCAGUUCCUCAUUCAUUGAACACUCACAUGCAGCCGUUGUCAUGGGCGUACACCCAUGGUGGGAACUGAGCAUGUUCCUCGCUCUCUCCGGCCUGCACAGUGUCGCGACUUCCCGUGGAGGGCUCAGAGGGGGAGACUCUAAGCGUAGUGGCUCCCCACACCUCACCACCUUACACCCCCUUCCCGACGUCCGGUUCCAGCCCUGCAUCCCAGAUUGCGCCCUUGUCCCACAGAAAAGACCCCCACGGGAAGCGGUCGAUGAACUCUUGACGCACUCUGUUGUUCUCCUUCAUCUGCGCCAGGCGUUUGAUGACGCCCUCCUGACACUCCCGCUUUCUGGCCUCUGUCGCGGUCUCCUGCUGCUUCUCCCACCCCUUCUUUGCUGCCCGAGACUGCCGCUCCCGCAGCUCCUCUCGAGUGAACCCCCUCUCUUGAGCGUCGCUCCGCCGGGUCUCCCACCCUGCCUUGGCGGCGGCAGAGUGGUGGAUCCGCUGCUCUCGCUGCUCCGCUUCAGUGAGAGUCACGUGUUGCGCGUUGUUCCGCCGGGUCUCCCAUACUGCCUUGGCAGCGGCGGAGCGGCGAGCCCGCAGCUCAUCCUCAGUGACUCCCGCCCGUUGCGCGUUUUCUCGCCGAGUCUUCCAGCCACGCCGUCCCUCCUCGCUGAUUGCCGGCUGUCCUAUCUGCUGGCGCCGACGCUCAUGUGCGGCCGCAUUCGAAGCCAAGCGAGUCGCACUCUUCCUUCGCUUCCUGGCCCCGUCGACAGGCAGGCUGACCGACCGCUCAGUUUGCAUAGCUCUGUCGCUUAAAAGAUACCUGCAAUCAAAUGC